CUUUGGAGUGAGGAAGACUUAGGCAACGUUUCCCCCUGCCGGUGAGAGGGGGAAAAGCAUCACUCGCGCGUAGACUGUAUAUCUGCAUUCUUGCAGGAUUCGACGUGUUCAGUACAAAAGCGCAGCACAGCAGCUCGCACACAGCCCGAAGGUGCGUCUGGCCGCAGGCUCCCGCAGAGAGACUGGGUGGGGCAGUCGAGGUGUGUCCGCCCGCAGAGUCACCGCAGCCGGCCCCCGGGACCGCCAGUGUUCCGCGCCACCGACAGACAGCACAAGGUGCAGCGGAGGGAGACUCUCCAAAGACACGAUUCCUCGACGCGUAUCCAUCCUCCGCCACUUGGCGUGAACGGGCCACUUUGUCGCAGGAGUUCCGGACUCCGCGAGGUCUUCAUUUCGUUCUCCUUUGCCUUUCUCCUUUUCAAAAAAAAAAAAAAUGGCAAAAGUUCCGAUUGUCACACUUUGCCUGACGCUGCUGCUGCCCCGCGCGGAGUCGUGCGUCCUGCCGGACUCCCUCUACGUGAUCGUGCCACAAACGAUAACGCCCGGAUACGAGAUCACCAGAGUCGACUGCGACGGCUCCACGUUGACUCUGUCGGACCCGAGCUUCGCCGUGGCGCCGAGCGGAGCGAUCCGGAGCCAGAGGUUCGUGUACGUGGGCGCGAGCGGGCGGACAUUUUCUGUGCGCACCGCGGCCGACGGCGCGCCGGGACGCGAGAUGGAAGUCCACCUCGUCCACAGCGCGCAGCGGCGGAGGAAGCCCGAGGGCCAGGGGUUCCUGAAGCGCUUCAAGAGGAGGUGGAGUCCUCCGCCCUUCAACAUACUGGAGAACGACAAGGGGCCUUAUCCCAAAGAGAUCGAAAAGAUUGUGUCAGAUUCUGAAGUCACACAUGACGUGUACUACACCAUCAGUGGACCUGGGAUCAAUCUGCCUCCAAUAAGAGUGUUCUCCCUGGACAAAUUCUCUGGGAUGUUGACUGUGCACCAGGCAGUUGAUCGUGAGAUGUACCCAAAGUUUAUAUUGAAGACCGAGGUUUUCGACAAGAAAACCAAUAAGCCGACAGACUUGCCCUUGGACAUCCAGAUAAUUGUCGAUGAUGUGAACGACAAUGCUCCGGAAUUCGCAUCCCCACUGGAGUUUACUGUGCUCGAGCACAGCAUAGCGGGUUCAGUGGUGGGGAAGGUGAAUGCUACGGACAGAGACCAAGAGAAAACCCUCCACGUCAAGAUCAAGUAUUCUCUCAAGACUGGAUUGGACCUGUUUGCCAUUGACUCAGAGACCGGCGUCAUCACCACAGUAACCAACACCCUGGACAGAGAGGUGAAAGACAAGCAUGUGGUGAUGGUGGAAAUCAGAGACAUGGACGGUGCAGUCACCGGUCUGUUCAAGACAGGAACAGCAACAAUCACUGUGGGUGAUAUCAACGACAACCCACCGACUUUCUCAAAAACAUUGUACACAGCCAGUGUCCCUGAAAAUGAAAGUGAAAAACUCAUCCUAAGAAUUCCAGUUGAGGACAAGGAUUUAGUAAACUCGCCGAACUGGGUCUCAAAGUUCCUCAUCACUAAAGGAAAUGAAAAUGGAAAUUUCAGGAUUGAUACUGACCCAAAAACGAACGAGGGGCUUCUGUACGUCGCAAAGAGCUUGAACCACGAGCAGACCAAAAAUGUAAAGCUGGAGAUCAUGGCUCGCAACGAAGCUGAGCUGAGCAACACCAAGGCCCAGUGGCAGUCCGUCCCUGUGGAUCUCACCGUCACUGAUGUCGACGAGGGUCCAGAGUUCUCAGCUCCCACCGUGCGCUUCACCGUCAAAGAGAACACACCGAACGGCACGCUGAUCGGAAGCUACACGGCCCUAGACCCCGAGACCAAGAGCAGCAGUGGCAUCAAGUACUACAAGGUCACGGACCCGGCCUCCUGGAUCAACGUGGACAAAAACACAGGAGAGCUGAGGGUUGCAAACACAAUCGACAGAGAGUCCAGCUUUGUCCAAAAUGGGAUUUACAACAUCACCAUGAGGGCUGUGGAUACCAGUUCCAAAACGGGCACGGGAAUGGUCAUCAUCCAGGUGGAGGAUGUCAAUGACAACGUGCCGGCGCUCCCCACCGCCGAGAUGGUGAUUUGUGAGAAGGAAGGCGAGCACGGCUCGGUGCUGCUUGUGGCUGAAGACAAUGACCAGUCUCCCUUCUCUUCCCCUUUCACCUUUAGUUUGCCUAAGGACAAUGAUGGCAAAUGGUCAGUUACGAGAAUAAAUGCGACAGCAGCUUCACUGUCGCAUAACAAAGAGCUUCCGACGGGGAUCUACACUGUCCCCGUCGCGGUUGCAGAUCUGCAGGACUUUGGCAAAACGCAGACGGUGACAGUGAGAAUUUGCCAGUGCAGGAACGGACGCUGCUUGGCCAAGGACAGCUCGGUGUCACUGGGGGGACUGGCUGUGCUGGCAAUGCUGCUCCCUCUCCUCCUCCUCCUCCUGCUCUGUUUUCUCCUCGCCCUUUUCUGUACGACAAAGAGAAAAAAUAAGGAGAUUGAAUGCACACCAGACGGUGGCGGAAUCCUGCUCAAAUCAAACACCGAGGGCCGGGGGGAUGAAGUGGACGCGAGUCUCAUCAAUGUCCCCUAUUUCGGAGGAGAGGACAUGACUAAGGGCUCUUUGAUAAAUACAGCAUAUCCGGGCAUCAAGGGCACGGGCACGGGCACUCUCGGAGCUAUGAGCUUAAACAACAAUUCGUUGUACAGGUCUGGUGCUGACAUGCAGGAGAUCUCUAGCCAGUACGACGGCCAUUACGGUGGAAAUUUGGGAGGCCAGAUGGUUAGCAGUGGCGUGAGCUUUGACAACAGAUACCUUGCCCAGGAAUCGACUUUUCUUCACAACUGGCAAACACAUGGCAUCUAUCUACGCGAGAAACUGGGCUACCUGGGAACAGAGGAGGACGGACGGUACGCAGACGACAUCGUCCACUCCUACAGGUUCGAGGGCGCGGGCUCUGCGGCCGGCUCCGUGGGAUGCUGCAGUGACUUUGGCGACAACGAUAACCUCGACUUCGUAAACACGCUCGGACCCAAGUUCAAAACUCUAGCAGAGGCCUGCGCAAAGAGCUGAACAGUGGGAUCUCCGAAAUAACGGCGCUAACUCUUCCCUGUACAAUCUGUACAGGGAGCCCUGGCAUCUUGACACGCCCGUGAACAUGAAUGAGAUAAAGAACAAUCGGCUGCAUCAGUGUGCACACACACUGCUCUGCUUUUGCUUCUGGUUUUGUUUGUUUGCUGUUUUUUUUGUUGUUGUUGUUUUUUUGGUAAAUGUCUUUUGCACUGAAAACUAUGAUGUACAUAAUCUUUAUGUUGUGUAUUAACGUGUAUUAACAUGUUGCUUGGCUUUAAAGGUUAUGAAGAUUGUUGUAUUGAUGAAUGCAGUGAAGGGUUAUGGUGCUUUCUAUUGAUUGGUAACUGAUGUGGGUAUUUUGGUUAUUUUGGUUCAGAAUUUUUGCUCAAAGUUAAAAAAUAUAAUUUUUGCCUUUGUGUGGCUGCUUGUUUGCUAAAUUAGAUAGUUUUGAUAUAUUUUUUAAAGAAAAAUAAAUACCUAAAUGAAAUAAGACAAUGCACUUAUUAACAUUUAACAAAUUUGAUUCCGCCAAUUUCUUCAUAAUUGAUACCCAAUAAUGUCGACUUACUGUUUUUUUAUUCCUAAUCAUACAAUAAAUCUGUGCAGCUCCUGCCGCUGAACUGGGCGUAGCUUCAGACCGCGGCGUGUGUGAGGUUAUUGCAAAACUCUUUGACAGUUAUCCAGCAAAAGUCAGCACAAGGGCGUGGAUGGGUGGAGUGGGGUGUUACCGACGUUGCCUGCAUCUGUCUACGCCGUGGAAGGAAAAACCCACCUGUGCUGGACGUUCUGUUCCUUUAAGCCUGAUGACGGCGCUCUGACAUUCCCACGUGUGUGUAUUCAGCUGUCAGAUUUGUAAUAAUGCGUUGUCAUUAAAGAAUGUGUCUCUUUGG